CAUUUCGCGAGGUUUUCUUCCUGUGUAUGCUGGUCUCGACCCUCUCCAUCACCCAGGCUUGCCAGUUUUCUCGAUCCUGCACUGAUAUCACCUUCGACAGGAAUUCGACCGUGAUGAGAGCCAUUUGCAGCACAUCCAAUAUGGAAAGGAGGAACGCCUCCAUCGAUGUGAACAAUUGCGUGGGCAGCAGCAAUGGUGUCCUCGACUGCUCAUCCAACUUUGCCUCACGAUGCACCAACAUCAGCUUCAAUGGGCUCAACGUGGCUGCCCGUUGCAACCGCGGGGAUGGCAUUCUCGUCUCUUCCACUCGCAACCUCGACGAUUGCAUCCAGAACGUCGAGGGAGUUCUCCAGUGCUGCUAGAUCCUUUUGGAUGAUCAAACUAUAUCCAUA